AUGGCCACAUCCACCAAUACAACAUGUCGUGAUGGUGAUACGAAACUUCGUUGUGGAGGACGUCCUUGUGCGAAAUGUGGGGGCUGUCGAGACUGGUACAUGCGUCUUAGUGAUCGCCGUACCACGAUUUAUGUAAAGCUGGUUGAUGCUCACUGUUGGAUUACUCCUGGUAGUCCUGGUGCUGUUGUUAGUGGUGCUGUUGGUCGUGCUUAUCAUACUUAUCCUCCUUUGCCUAGUCCUCUUCAUCGUGAUUAUUUAUGUGAAUGUGCUGAUAAUUGGCGUUCAUUUUGA